UUUACAAUCUAUCUCGUCAAAUGCAGCUUUUUUCUUCAAAGUUUUGUCAACACUGACUGUGACGAGCAACGUAGGCAAAAGUAAAUAUUAUUAUUUAAUGCGCAUCAAAGUAAAGCUUAUAACAAUUAAUCAAAUAUAAAUCAGAGAUUAACGAUUAGGAAUCACUAAUCAAUCAGCUGCAAUUAGGCAGAUCAGAUUUAAGCAAUUCUGAAUAAACUAGUUCCGAACGUGUUGUGAUUCCGCAGUCGCCGCGUUUGUGGCCAAUAAUUUCCUUGUUCCCCCAAUCCAUAUAAAUAGGCGCAAAACGAAAGCAGGUUUUGCAUUCAUUGUAAAACAGUGCUAAGACGUGUGCCAAUAAGUCGAGAUCUAGACAAUAAAGAUAUAGUAUAAAUCGGACUAGAAUGUCGCAGCAACCUGUUGCCUUCCUAACUCGUCGCGAAACUUUCAGCGCUUGUCAUCGUCUUCAUAGUCCCCAGUUGAGCGAUGCAGAGAAUCUGGAAGUCUUCGGCAAAUGCAACAAUUUCCACGGCCAUGGACAUAAUUACACAGUCGAAAUAACCGUUCGUGGUCCCAUCGAUCGGCGAACUGGAAUGGUGGUGAACAUCACCGAGCUUAAGGAGGCGAUCGAGACAGUGAUUAUGAAGCGUUUGGAUCACAAGAAUCUUGACAAGGAUGUGGAAUACUUUGCUGAUACACCCAGUACCACAGAGAAUUUGGCUGUUUAUAUUUGGGACAACAUCCGUCUGCAGCUGAAGAAACCCGAACUGCUGUACGAGGUAAAAAUCCACGAGACACCAAAGAACAUCAUCAGCUACCGCGGUCCGUAUCCGCUCAAUGGAAUCUAUAAUCCCAUAAACAAACGCAUAACUCACGAUUCCUGCACCAAUAUCUCAUCCGACUCGGAUUAAAGGGUUAGACGGAAUAUAUAAAAUAGCAUUCAAACAUUGUGACAUUGCCUAACGAAUUUAAUUGGACCAAUGCUCAGCGAACACUUACCCAACCUCUUUAACAAACACGCAAAGAAAAAGACAUUUAACAUGUAAGGGAAUAAAUAUACGAAUUACAAAGUAUGUAGAAAUAAUAUAUGUUUAUGCAACAUAUUACUGAAUAAAUACUAAAGCAAAUGAAAAUCUUAAA